AUGAUAGGUAUUUUAAAGAUCUACCUCUAUUUGGAGAUUGUUGAUCUUCCGAAUUGUAAUGAUGAUGUAACUGAUGUUGACAGGCAGAGAAAAGAGAACGAGAUGGAGAAUGUUGGGAUGAAUCAUAAUGAUGAUGUGACUGAUAUUGACAGGCAGGGGAAAGAGAAUGAGAUGGAGAAUAUUGGGAUGAAUCGUAAUGAUGAUGCGACCGAUGUUGAUAAGAAUAAGAUGGAGAAUAUCGGGAUGAAUUGUAAUGAUGAUGUGACUGAUAUUGACGGGCAGGAGAAAGAGAAUGAGAUGGAGAAUAUUUGGAUUGAUAAGAACGAGAUUUAG